GCCUCUUGAAAAACUUUCAUACCGCUCAAGCUUAACGUCAUGCUGGCAUUGAGCUGUUCACAUUGGCAGUUAUCAUUCCUUAGACACAUCAUUGUUGAAUUUUCCUCAGCACAUGAAGUUGAGCUGUGAGGUUGACAUAUAUCUGGUGUUGUGGGUGGCAGACAUCAUUUCGUCAGAUUCGUCUUACGCUCAAUAGAGCUCUUUCUGUAAAAAUGCACAGAGCAUUAGCAUAUUCUCUGUGGAUUUUUGGGUUGCUGAUGCACCCGGUCAUCAUCCGUGGGACAUUGGACGCGAGGCAAGACGACAUUCCGGUCAUCAUCGGUGGUACGAUCUUACCUGACAGAAGACAGUCUCCCUGGAUGGUAUACUUGGCAAGCGACUACGGGUUCAUCGAUAUGCCCUGCGGGGGUUCCCUAGUUUCCAAAUCAGUCAUCCUCACGGCUGCUCAGUGCGUUACCUUCUCUUUCAGCGACCCUGGAGUGUUUCUGAAAGCCCAGAGAGUAUUGUACGUAUUGGGAGGACUGACCAGCAAACCCGAUGACGAAACUGAGGAAGUUUACGGUUGGCAAGAUGACCCAACAAAUGCAAUUGUGGUUCAUCCCUGGUAUUUGGGCCUCAAAUCCUUGCACGAUGUGGCGUUGGUCAAGAUGUCGUCUGCUGUUACACUCACGCCUUACAUUGGAUUAGUUCAACUCACGUCUCCGGGUUGCAAUCCAGAGGGACUAGAUGUGGGAGUUAUCGGCUGGGGUAAAACCGAGACUGAUGAUACAGCAGUACCGGAAUUUUUCUCCAUUGGAAAAUUUUAUUGGUAG